UCAAAAUUAUUUACUGCUGUACAUCUUAGACAGCACACUGUAGACUAUCCUCAGCUGUUUCUGAAACAACAGAAAGUGCACUCACUUGGAAUAGGCUGAAUUCAAGAUGUUGAAAAGAAAACCAUCCAAUGCUUCAGAGAAGGAGAAACAUCAAAAACCAAAGCGCAGCAGCAGCUUUGGCAAUUUUGAUCGUUUUCGGAAUAAUUCCAUACCAAAACCAGAUGACUCAACUGAGGUACAUGAGGGGGAACCUAUAAAUGAAAGUAAAGAACAAAACAAAACUGCAAAUCAUGGAGGAAGUUUAGGUAAAAAAAUGAGAGCUAUUUCCUGGACAAUGAAGAAAAGAGUGGGUAAAAAGUACAUCAAAGCCCUUUCUGAAGAAAAGGAUGAAGAAGAUGGAGAGGAAGCCCUUCCAUGUCGGAACAGUGACCCUAUGCUUGGGACCCACACAGAGACCACCCUCAAAGCCAGUGACUCCAUGGACAGUCUCUACAGUGGGCAGAGCUCAUCAAGUGGAAUAACAAGCUGUUCAGAUGGUACAAGUAACCGGGACAGCUUUCGACUUGAUGAUGACGGCCCCUACUCAGGCCCGUUCUGUGGCCGUGCCAGAGUGCAUACCGAUUUCACGCCAAGCCCCUAUGACACUGACUCCCUCAAAAUCAAGAAAGGAGACAUCAUAGACAUUAUCUGCAAAACACCAAUGGGGAUGUGGACAGGAAUGUUGAACAAUAAGGUGGGAAACUUCAAAUUUAUUUAUGUGGAUGUCAUCUCAGAAGAAGAAACAGCUCCCAAGAAAAUAAAGGCACAACGAAGGAGUGGAAGAGAGAAACUCAAGACUCUGCAGGAGUUCUUAGAGAAGAUUCACCUUCAGGACUACACAUCAACACUUUUACUCAAUGGUUAUGAGGCCAUAGAAGAUUUAAAGGAUAUAAAAGAGAGUCAUCUCAUUGAAUUAAACAUUAAAAACCCAGAAGACAGGAUGAGGUUACUAUCAGCUGCUGAAAAUCUCCUUGAUGAAGAAAAUGUUCAAGAGCAAGAAAAUGAAUCUGUGCCCCUAUCCUUAAGCCCAGACACCUCCUUAAAUAAGUCACAACUAGAUGACUGCCCAAGGGACUCUGGUUGUUACAUCUCAUCAGAAAAUUCAGAUAAUGGCAAAGAAGAUCUGGAGUCUGAAAAUCUUUCCAACAUGGUACAGAAGAUAACUAUCACAGAAACAAGUGACUGAACACACAUUCUGAACUCUAUAUCUACAGAUGUACUCCAUUUUAACUUUCCUUGAGCUAAAAGAUCAAAUCGGAGAGGAAGAGAAGUAUUUGCGGAUACAACCUAAAGUUAAAAUGUUUUAAUCUGAAUAAUUGUACAUAAAAGUUCAUAUCUUUAACAUUCCCAAUUAUUAUAAACGAUAUGUAUAUUUAUUAUUUUAAAUUCUACAUGUUAAUAUUUCACAUGUCUGUAUUAGAAAUGUACAGUAUAAAUCUUUGGUAUGUGUGACAUAAGCUUUUAUUUGACUUCAUAAGUGCAAAAUGAUAAAUUCUGCAAAAAGAAACGAACACCUUUUUCAUACCUGCCAGGUUUGAAUUUGUAUAUAUUAUUGAAUGAAUAGCAGUGGAGCAUGUGUGUGAUAGCCAAUUGUCUAAGAAGCAUUUACACUCAUCUUUAUACUUACUGGGAAAGUACAGGUUAAUAUUGGAGACUUUUAUACUGAUCCACAGUGGAGUUUCAGUAAUUAUUUUUUGUUGAUUUCUUCACUUAUUUGCUAUAAAAGUAUAGAUAAGAUAUUGUCAAUUCUAAUUAGUAAAACUAAUUUUAAUAAUGUACAGAUGUUUCACGUUUAAAUGUAAAUACUUUUAAUUUUGAAAUGCCCUAAUUUUAAUAAUAAAAAGAACUGUGUGCAU